UCAGCUGUACCGUCGGCCCCAUCUCUCUUUCCACUUAUUUCUUGCGGCACAUCACAGGAACAGACCACCACCAUUGGCUGUCUGGCCAAGAAUUUCCUCCCAGACUCCAUUGAAUUCACCUGGGUCGAUAAGGGCAACAAUAAUUAUUCCGAUGGCCUCAAGAAGUACAAUUCUGUGUUGCAAAAUGGAGGCACCUAUACAGCAAGCUCCCAAAUUAAAGUGCCAACUGACAAAUGGGAGAACAGCGAUCCUUAUAAAUGCACUGCAAAACAUACAGAGAAUACCAAGUCUGUGGUGCUUCAGUUAUCAAAAGUUGCAAUGAAACCAACAGUAACGAUCCAUCCUCCCAUCAAGGAAGAUAUAGAUUUAAACGGGAAUGCCACAAUUGCGUGCAUCAUUAGUGGAUUUUACCCUAAAAACAUUGCAGUGUCAUGGAUGAAGAAUCAAGAAUUGAUUCAUGACAGCGUAACAGAAGAAGCAGUUUCCAAUGGAAAUGGAAGUUUUACGGUAGUCUCCUUUAUCGUAGUAUCUAAAAAAGACUGGGAUACAGAUGUAACAUUCUCAUGUGUAGUAAAACAUGCUGCUUCUGACUUCCAAGAAAUGAAGAAUUUGAGUAAAUCGAUUGUAUGUGAUUUUCAGAUCCCAGCUGGUGAAAUCAAAGUGACUGCUGUUCCCCCAUCAUUUGAAACUAUUUAUUUCCAGAAUACUGCCCCGCUCACCUGCAUUAUUUCAAACAUGAAUACUAAGGAUGGAUUAGAGGUCAUCUGGUACUCAAAUACUGAAAAAAUCACCAACACUAAAAUAGAAGACCCAGAAUAUGACACUUCUCUUUAAGGAGCUACACUGCCAAGGCCAUUGCUACAGUUUGUCCUGAAGACUGGAGAACAAAGACCUUUAAGUGCAGCGUGAGCCAUCCCGAGCUUCCUCGUGUUGAAGUUGUCACACUCAUUAAACCAAAUGGACAUGAUGCCAGAGCUCCAAUAGUCUUAUUAUACCCACCACACCCAGAUGAAUUAGCUAAAAAAGAAACUGCCACUCUGUCAUGUCUGGUUAAAGGCUUCAGCCCAGCUGACAUAUUUGUCAAAUGGAUUGAUAGUAAUAAUGUAGAGCAGUCUCAUGUUGCAACCACUGGGCCUAUACAGGAGAUCUCUUCUUCUAGCAGGAAAACCUACUUUCUCUUAAGCACAUUAACCCUUACAAGCGUUGAAGAUUGGAACAAUGGCAAACCAUACAGCUGUAUAGUUGGCCAUGAAUCACUACCACUACACACCACCCAAAAGACCAUUGACAAAAACUCUAACAAACCGAAUCAUGUGAAUGUGUCCCUCAUCAUGUCUGAUUCUUGUUAA